CGGCGCUUCCCUUUUAAACGCGUGUGAAGUGUAAAGUGGGUGAAAGGGGAGGAAGAGAAGAGAGGAGAGUAAUAAUGAGAGGAAGAGAAGUAAGACCAUAGAAUCAGAAGAGGCCGACUGACAGAAUUGUGCAGGGAUGGAGCCGAGUGUUAUUGCAUUGUUAGCGUCGGCAGGAGGAAUUGUGGUUCUCCUCAUCUUCGUCUAUGUCACCUUUCUCCUGUGUCCUGCAGCCUACCUACGGGCCUACAACUGGUACCAGCGUCGCAAGCUUGGACUGGUGACCCGCUUCUCUCACAGUGGAAGUUACCGUUUCUGUUAUUUCACCAGCGCUACGCCAGCGGGCAACACUCCGUCACUGCUUCUCCUGCACGGCUUCUCUGCCACCAAGGACAUGUGGCUGCCCCUCAUCAAGUACCUGCCCAAAAAUCAGCAUGUGGUGGCUAUGGACAUGCCUGGACACGGGGGGACGGCUCGCACUGUUGAUGACAACUACAGCAUUGAGUGUCAGGUCACCAGAGUCCACCAGUUUGUGCAGAGUAUUGGUCUCGACAAAAGUCCCUUCCAUCUGGUUGGAACGUCGAUGGGUGGGAAUGUGGCAGGGGUGUAUGCUGCCCGCUACCCGACUUACCUGUCCAAUGUCACUUUGAUUUGCCCAGCAGGUCUGGUUUAUCCCAAAGACUCAGAGUUCGUCACUCUUCUGAAGGAACUGGAGGGAAGUCAGAACAAGGACUCCAUCCCUCUGAUUCCCACCACUGUUCAGGAGUAUGAGAACAUGAUGAGACUCUGCUUUCACAAGUCGCUCAACCUCCCCCGACCGGUUCUCCGAGGCCUCCUGAGUGAGAGGAUCCCGAACAAUGGUUUCUAUAAAGAAGUGUUCAUGGAGCUCAUCCAUGAGGAGUCUCGACACUCACUACAGGAAAACCUAAAUCUGAUCACAACACCACUGCUGGUUAUCUGGGGGAAAGAAGACAAGUUGCUGGAUGUUUCAGGAACAACCGUGGUGCAGGCAGUGCUGCCGAACUGCCGGGUGGAGCUGUUGGACAACUGCGGUCACAGCGUGUCGAUGGAACGGCCCAGGAAAGCUGCCAAGCUUAUCAUGGACUUCAUGUCUGUGGGGGAAGUCAACAACCUAGAUGUUAAGAAACAUUCCUGAGUAAAACUUUUGAACUGAAAUGCUGACCACUGACCUCACGUUGGAUACAGUAGACGCUGGAAAAGAGAGUGAUUGUUAUGAUGAAGAUGACGAGCAUAAUGUUAAUGGAAAUUAUGGAAAUUUAGGAUUUUUCCCAUUUCUUCAAUAAAACUAGUCUUAUGUUGGGACGAUGUAUUGGCAUAAAUGUAAGCUACUAUCUUAAUGUAUUAGUGUGUAAAUACUUUAAGAUAAUGACAUCUUGCUCUGUCAUGUCUCUACAGCAGCCUGAAUUGACAAACCAGCCAAAGGAAGAGUUUUGCCUUUUAAAGUAGUAAAUGUAGAAGAACGACAUCCUGUCUGGCAGGAGAGGGCCACCAUAGUUCCCUGAUGCACUUGGGAAAGGGAGGAGUCAAACUGUAGUAUCACCAUUAGUUACUAAUUCUUACGCAUUAGACCUUUAAGUGUGCUGCUACAUAUUCAUUCUCAUACAAACACAUUUGUAGUGGAAUUCUCACUGUGAAACAUUGUGAAAGAGUUAUGUGAAUGUUUUAUGAAUAGAUCUCAAUCUAUUCAUCUGUGACUGUAAUAUUACAUUAAAGCCUCUAUAAUAAUCUGA